AUGGUUUACCUCUUUUAUUGCUUGCCUUUUCUGGAAUUAGCGCCUGUGAAGCCUUUGAGUUUUGGAAAUCUAAGAAAAAGCCAGCAGCAGUUUCUGAUACAACGCUCUCUUUAUCAGGGCCUGUUGCUGCACAGUGAAGCUGGGAUACAAACCUCUCAACAGAAAGAGUUUCGUCACCUAGGUUACUACCCUUCAAAACUGAAGGAGAUCCUGCCAUCUGAGUAG